AUGGGCUCGUCUCCCCUCAAUUGCCCUGAGUUCUGCUCUGCUCCCUGCCCGGAGGGAAUAAGCCAAAAUGAAACGUCCCAUUCUUCAGGACGAUCAGUCGGCUUCCGACGGGAAGCGCGGCCUCAGGGGCUGGACGUCCUGGAGAUACCCCGCUAUAAAGCUGGCAGGUUCUGCUCUGUUUCGGACAUGAGACCAGCUUACUUCCUUGCGGCCCUGGCCUCCGUGGCUGGCACUCAUGCUAAUCCCGAGGCCGACUUGGCUGGCACGAUCUGGGACGAUAUCAAAGGAGCAGUCACCUGUGCUGGCUGUGAGGGCCUGCUGGGGGCACUCAAACUAGCCGCUGGUUUGGGUCAAAGUGCACUGGAAAAUAUUGUAACUGGCGCAUGUAAGCUGGCAGCGAUCGAGGAUAACGAUGUCUGUGAGGGCGCAAUCAAAGAAGAAGGCACGGCCGUUUAUUACGCCCUGAAGAAUCUGAAGGUCGGCUCGCAUACAUCGAAAACCUUCUGCUCCAGUAUUGCCGGCCUUUGCGAGUACCCUGACAUUCGGCCAUACAACCUCACCUUCCCCGUGGCCAAAUCCUCGGCCACUCGUCCACCCCCGAGUGGUCAGUCUCCGAUCCGGGUCGCACACAUCAGUGACACGCACGUUGACUUGCAGUACACCCCCGGGGCCAAUGCCCAAUGCACCAAGCCUAUUUGCUGUCGUAGUUUCACCCCGGAGGACGCCCCCGGUAACACCUCGAACCCGUGCGGACUCUGGGGUGACCAUCACUGCGAUCCCCCACUUCGCCUCGAGGACUCGAUGAUGGACGCCAUCGCGGCCCUCAACCCGACGUUUUCCAUCUACACUGGGGACGUCCCACCACACGACAUCUGGAUGGUGAACCAGAGCUCAGUUCUCCAGAGCUUCAACUCCACCUACUCCAAUCUGGGGAAACUGGGCGUCGUCUACGCGGCCCUGGGGAAUCACGACACAGCCCCGGUCAACCUCUUCCCUUCGGACAAGGUCCCACCCUCCCACAACCCCCAAUGGGCGUACGAUGCCCUAGCCAGCGACUGGGCCAGCCUCGUCGAGGGUUCACCCAGCUCCACCACCAAACACGGGUCCUACUCCAUUGUGCACCCCAAUAGCAACCUCCGCAUCAUCUCCUACAACAGCGUCUUCUACUACAAAUACAACUUCUACGCCUUCCAGGAACCAAUGGAAUACGACCCGGACAACCAGCUGCAGUGGCUGAUCUCCGAGUUGCAAGCCGCCGAGACCGCCGGCCAGCGCGUGUGGAUGAUCGCCCACAUCCCCACCGGCAACACCGACACGCUGCACGACUACUCGCACUACCUGGACCAGAUCAUCAACCGCUACAGCGCCAGCAUCGCCGCCCUCUUCUUCGGCCACACCCACACGGACCUCUUCCAAAUCUCCACCAAUUCCCCCAACACCCCACCCAAAUGGGUCAAGUACUACUCGGCCAAGGAAGCCUACGGCUCGCUGCUGACCCCACCGGUCACGGACCCCAAGGUGGAAAUGACCCCGGCGUUCUGGCACAAGGUGACCGUGCAAAUGGAGAAGGACGACUCGGUGUUCCAGGCGUGGUGGUCGCGCACCACGCGAGGCUACAACGUCACGGAGUGCACGGGCGACUGUGCAAAAACCAAGAUCUGCUCGCUGCGCGGCGGAGACGCCCAGUUCAACUGCGAGGGCGCGGGGACGCCGUUUAAAAUUACGAAGCGGAGUGAUGGGGUAAGCGAGGUGCAUGUGGAAAGACCCUUCUGUGAGGAUGCCGUGUUGGCGAGAAUUGUGGGAGGGCUGACGCGGAAGGGCGUCGAUGCAGAGAAGUAUGUUCGGGAGCAGGCGAAGCUUUACGAGAAGGUUUAA